GGCUGACCUGGGUGCAGCCACCAUGAUAGCCAAGUUGCUACACGUGUUCUGCCUCUCCACCUACUGGGGCAUGCAGAUCUGGGUCACCUUUUUUUCAGCAUUUGUGCUGGCCAACAAUCUGAACAGACACACGUUUGGGUUUGUCCAGAGUCGACUGUUGCCUGUCUACCAUCACGUUGGCUCUGCUUGUGCCUUCUUUAAUCUCCUUAUCUUUGCAAUGUACCAUCCCAGGGACCAGAUGAAAGAAAAUGAGGUCUUCCAGGUCUUAAUUUUCUUUGUGUGUGUGACAAUAGCCGCCCUGAAUGCACAGUGCUUCGGUGCGAUGACUUCAGAAAUCAUGGCCGACAUGCACUUCAUUGAACAAAACUGUGGACUAGGCCAGGACAUUUGGCUGUCAUCCAGCUCUGAGGCCUAUGUGAAGUUGUGCCAGUCUGAUGCAAACUACAAGAGGCUGAACAGCCAGAUAUGGUUCUACCACUCCCUCUCCUCCCUGUGCAACCUCUGCUGCAUCUUUUGUAAUGGCUAUAGCCUCUACUACUUGGCAGAGAACCUCACUAAUCUGUAAGUUCAGCAAGACUGGUCCCACAUUCUUUUUCCACUUACUUGUAUCUGCCCUAUA